GCAAAUACUUGUAAUUGUUAAUUUAAAAUGUACACAUGUAAUGCUCUUAGUGGGCCAUUUUAGAAAAUGUACGUACGGUAUAGUUAUUAUAAAUAGAGUACCAUAGAAGAACCCAUCAUCUUAAUCAAUUCCUUUAGAGACCUAUAUCAUAUCAUUCCCCAAUCAAGCAAAAUAUAUGACUAUUGAAAAUGGCGGGAGGACCUGCUGGACAUUGUUGCAAUAUACUUUUUGGAGCAUUAUUUGUAGUACCCUUCGUCAUCUGCUUCCUCAUGGCACAGAUCGCCUUGGCAAUAAGCUCAACUUGUGCCAAACUUGUCCACAUCCAAGUCUCUAUUAUUUACGUAAUCGCGGUUCUAAUGUUUUUUCUCGGCAUAACGUAUGUCAUCAUAUCAUCAUUGAGUCAGUGCGCCGUCUCCCUCAUGCAAUCGUCUAAUGCCGCUUCUUGUGGCCGCGAUUAUUGCCUUGAUUGUGUCCUCAGUCGUGCACGAGCAGUCCAAGCUCACCGGGAAAUCAUCAGUCUCCCCCGCUCCGGCACCGGGCCGGCCGGCCGAUAAGGAAUAUAAUACAGUCUCGAUCAGUUCCCCACCUCGCUUCGAGACAGGGUACUUUCCCAGUGGAAUAAUGGUUCUAAUCUCCCAAAGUGUCUCGUACAUUCUCUUAUGUGCACUCGCUUGAAUUACACCUAUGACUCGCUCCAACAACUAUCAGUUGCGCCUCUCACCCCCUUAGAGUCUGGAUGUUGUCUUCCACCUCAAAGUUGUAGCUUCGUGAGCCCAACAAAUUGGACAAGCAAUCAAACAUCAUCAUCUUUAGGAGACGAUUGUUCAAGGUGGAACAAUGGUCAACUUUGCUUUAAUUGCGAUUCUUGCAAAGCAGCAUUACUAGCUCAAUCCAGCAAAAUUGUGGAAAAAAUAGGAAAACUUACAUUUGGUGUGAAUAUGGUGUGUAGUCUGUAUGCUCUUUACUUCAUUUUGUUCAAGUUGUAUGUGCACCACUACCCCGACCCCGAUGAUAUUCAGCCUUAGGCAUGGUUUUGGACAGUGGCAGAGCCAGAAAUCUAUGGUUAAGGGGGGCGGUCCUUAAACAUUUUACAUUGCAGGGGCCAAAGUUUAAAGUAUCAACAUCUUUUCUAUAUAUUAAAAGUAUUUAUACAUAAUACGAAGUAUAUACUUAAGAUUUUUUUCUUGCAGGGGCCGAGACCCCCUCCAGCCUCUCUCUGUCUCCAUCCCUGGUUUUGGAGAGUAUAUGUACUUCAUCACACUCCAGUCUUAUCAUAUUUUGUAUACACAGUCAUAUAGAAGUAAUAUAUGUUGUUGCAGGAUCACAUUUUUGUACUCCGUAAUUAAUAUGAUUAUCAUUUUUGUAUGCA